AUGGAAGCGCUCUUCAGGGAAGCAGCCGAGAAUAACACUGUCGAACAGUACAUCCUGCUGUACGAUGAGCGCAAGCAGUACCCAAGCGCGAGCGUGGAGUACGGGCGGCUGUCGCACCAGCUCGACCGCCUCAAGACUCUGUACAAGACCUUGCUCGCGGUACGGGCUCGUGGGUACACGACCGAGGAGCUGUGCGCCAGGUGCGCACACACCCGCGUGCACAUUGGCAGCAUAUCCGCCGCCAAGGUGAGCCUCAGCAACGUCAUGCUCGAUGUCUUUGAUGACGAGCUCCGGCGGCGCGUAACGGCGGCGGCGAGUCUCGGCGUGCGCACGCGUGACAGCGUGCCGAUGACGCACCGCAUGCGCCUCUUGUACCGCGGCGAGCGGUACUGA